AGGAGAAAACGUUUAUAUAAAUAAUUUUUUUUUAAAAAAAAACAUUUAAAGCAGCUUCUAUAUCUAUUAUUUACAAAGGAGCAGAGUUUGUUAGCUACCGCACAAAUUCUCGUCUCCGCUCUUCUUGGAUUUGUCUCUCGUCUUAGUUUUUCGCAAUCGCAGGUUCUGAGACGCGCCCUCUACGUACAAACUCUCUGCCAACUGCUGCAGCUGGAUCUGAAAAGACAAUGAGGGGGAUGUCGGAGUUUGAUGCCGGAGGAUCGGACGAGGCGUCGUCGUCACGGGGACGCAAAGUUGUGGAGACGAAGGCGAAGAGAGCGCUGGUCGGGGCGGGGGGCCGUAUCUUGUUCUAUCCGACCCUCGUGUACAAUGUGAUCCGGAACAAGACGGACGCCGAGUUCCGGUGGUGGGACCAAGUUGAUCAGUUUUUAUUACUAGGUGCAGUUCCUUUUCCCAGUGACGUACCUUGUUUGCAGCAACUUGGGGUUCGCGGAGUUGUUACGCUCAACGAGCCCUUUGAAACUCUGGUUCCCACAUCCUUAUACGAGGCUCAUGACAUUGAUCACCUCGUGAUUCCGACGAGAGACUAUCUUUUCGCGCCUUCUCUCGACGACGCUCAAUGCGCCGUCGAUUUCAUCCACAAGAAUGCAUCGCAAGGGAAAACUACGUACGUACACUGCAAAGCUGGGAGGGGACGUAGCACUACAAUCGUCUUAUGCUACCUCGUAGAGCACAAGCACAUGACACCUGAAGCCGCUUUAAAUCACGUGCGAUCAAGGAGGCCACGUGUCCUUCUAGCCCCAGCACAGUGGCAGGCUAUUCAGGAAUAUAGCCGGCGCAAGUUAGACUCAAAGGACUCUGCCAUUGGCCAGCAUGCGAAAGACACCGAAGUGCUAACAUGCGCCGGAGGCCUCAUCGGGGUCAACAUCAACGACCGACAUUUCGUCGUCGAUGAUCUCGCCGUCCAUUCACCUCAGAGGGUUCAAUCAGAGCCGUCCAUUGACGACGAAGUAUUAAUAACAAACGAGGAUCUAAAAGGUUACGACACUUAUCGGGCCGGAUCUAAGGGAAUUAUUAGGCCGAGGCCCAUUAUGAGCAUGUUCUCGGGCCUUUUAGGCACGCUUUCGGGCUCGAAUCCGGGUCGGGUUUCGGAUAUUUGUGCUUGCUAGUCGAGAGAUCCAUACUUGUAACUCCUUUUUUUUUUUCUUUUUUUUUCUUUUUUUUUUUUCUGAGAACGCUAUGGGCAAAAUUGUAAAAAUUGUUGGUAUCAUAUUUUUUGUGUCAAUGCAAUGCAACGGUGUAUAUUAUUUUACAAA